CUGCAAGAUAAACUGUACAAAGAAUCGAAACACUUCUUCAACCUUGAGCUCCUUCAUGAGAGGGAAGGAUCCUGCGUGAUAUUCGGAGAGAAACGAGGACACGAAUACGAUAGCAACGCGCUUAGUCCAGGUGUUUGCGCGAUUUCAGAAUGGUAUUGCCCUCUCCGUAGGCUAUGGGAUCAGCAGAUGGCCAUUGGUCAGAUAAAUAGUAACCCACAUAAAACUUCUGAUCAAUUAUCAGGCCCGACUUCAAGGAGCUAUUUUUGGGAAUUCUACGCCAGUUCUGGGCCAGAUAGUGAAGCUUUUUUUGAUCUAAGGAACUUUGGAGCAAUUCCAUCCUCUGGUUUAAAAGGUCGAUUUGGGGAAGAAGAGAUUCCGCUAUCGCACUUGCAGGUUGCAAGAGAAGUGCCUGAUGAUACUCUGAGUGCCCUACCAAAGCA